AUGGAACCUGGUCUAGGAGCUGAUGUGGCCCAAGGAGGAGGUAGUGGAAUCAAUGAUCAUGUUGAUACCACCACAGUAGCAAUCACAAACCAACAUCAGCACCAACCAGCAUUAGUGAUGUUGGAUCAUACAACAGAUGUCAGCAGUACAAGCACUGGAAUCACAAAUAUUGAUGUGGCCGGUGAUCAAUUGAUCGAGACACAGCAUGAUGAUGAACCUAGACGCCCACUGGAGGCAUUUCCCCACAAAUCCGGCCUGUUCCCAAUCCACGAGGCAGUGUACCACAACGACAUGGCAACACUGAUCGAGCACUUUGGCGAGCCAGACCUGCAGCUGCAACAACUGCAACUACAACAGACGCUGCAGUCGCCCGACGACAGCUUCAACAAGGAGGAGGACGACGAUGACGACGACGACGAACCCCACGACUCGGGCAAUAUCAACAUCAACGACCGCGACACGCUUGGACGCACACCCCUGAUGUACUCCAACCAGGUCAUCACGGUCAGGUACCUACUGUCCAACGGCGCCCGCGUCAAUCUGCGCGACCAGGAGCGCCAGACCUCGAUGCAUCGCGCGGCCAUGUCCGGCCUGCACGACGUCCUCUCAGUCAUGCUCGACUCGGGCGCACAUAUAAAGCGCGACAGCAAUGGAUGCACGCCACUACAUCUGUGCGCCACGAGUGGCAGUGUUCGAUGCGCCACCGCCAUGAUGGAGCGCGGACCACGUCGCGUCAAGGCCGAAGCACGUGACAAGAAGGGCAAGACAGCGCUACACUACGCGGCCGAGUCUCCAUCGCCCGACGACACAGCACUUUUGAUUAUCCGAGCGUUGGUCAAUGGUGGCUCGAUAUUGGACUCAAAGGACAGGGAGAAGAAGACACCUCUACACCUGGCGUCGAUCAUGGGCAAGAUCAAGUGCAUCACAUUCUUGCUGGAGAAGGGUGCCAAUGCAGAUGCCGCCGACUACUUUGGUGCGCUUGCUCUCCACUACGCUGUCACCAAUCAGAACUGCCACAAGGCGGUCAAGUUGAUGGUAGCGCGCGGCGCCAAAGUCAACACGGCCGACAACACUGGCCAGACACCAAUUUUCUACGCGGCCAAGUCUGGACAUCCGAAGAAUGUCAAGGCACUGCUUCGCGCUGGCUCGACGGCCAACGUAAAGGACUACCAGAACAAGACACCGUUGCACUUCUCGCUGGACAUUGCCAACCCGACCAUAUCGAGUAUGUUGGUUUCGGCUGGCGCCGACGUCACGCUGAGGUACAAGUACGGACUGAAGGGCGAGCACGCGAGGGUCUCCAAGGUGGACCCAUCAUCAUCCUCAUCGGACGGCAGUGGCGACAAGUCGGAUGAUGCCUCACAGGCACUGCAUGCAGACAUGUUUGGCUUCCUCCCCGACUCGUCGCUGACGGCUGCGCAGGUCAAGAAGUGGAUGGACACAAAGGAGUACUAUAACACGCUGCACAGACACAAGUCGAGCUUCGAGAAGCAGUGCGAGAAGAAGUGGGUCAAGAUCAUUGAGGGCUGGGCCAAGUACUCGGCCGCCAAGAGACAGACCAAGAUUGGACGUCUAGCGUGGAAGAGUGUGCCAGACUCUGUGCGUGGUCAACUCUGGAAGUUGAUCCUUACGCCCGAGACCUUCCAGGCCAAGUCCAAAGUGACCUACGAGCAACUACUCAACAACAACUCUGACUUUGUCAAGCAGAUCGAUCUGGACAUUGACAGGACCUAUCGCAACCAUCUAUUCUUUAGAGAAAGGUUCAACCAAGGACAACAAUCAUUAUUUAAUGUAUUAAAGGCUUAUAGUUUAUAUGAUCAAGAGGUUGGAUACUGUCAAGGAAUGAGUGGAAUAGCAUCGAUACUGCUGAUGUACAUGGAGGAGGAGCAGGCAUUCUGGGCACUGGUGGCACUAAUGGAGUCGGACAAAUAUCAACUGCGUGGACUGUUCCUGCCGUCAUUCCCCAUGCUCUAUCGCCACUACGCCAUCCACGAAACACUCAUACAGAAGGAGCUGCCCAAGCUUCAGACGCACUUUGGAUUCGAGGGCAUCUCCACCUCGAUGUACGCCACCAAAUGGUUCCUGACGGUGUUUAGCGGCAACCUGCCGUUCGCCCUGCUCAUCCGCUUCUGGGACCUGGUGCUGACCAAUGGCUACUUUGUCAUCCACACGCUGGUCAUCCACAUUCUGCGCCAGAACCAGGAGACGCUGUGCAAGGACGGCUUUGAGAAGAUCUUGCACUUCUUCUCAUGUCUCGAAUCCAACAGCAUCGACAUCUUCUCCUUCUGCAAGGCGGCCAAGAAGCAUCGUAUCUCAGAGAAGACCAUUGGAAAGUUGCUCAAGAAACAUGAUGCCCUACAGGCACAGCUCAACCUUCAGCCACAAGUCGUGCUGCCGACCAAUUAA